CUCCACCUUCCCUCAUCUUUCGGCGUCGUCCCCGUUUUAUCGAGACGCCCUACAAAUGUCGUCCACAAUGUCAUCAACAGCGUCGACGACGAGCAGUGCUGCUGCGUCUGCUUCGUCCUCUGCUUCAGCCUCGCUCAGUGUCGGAUCCAACCUGAAGGUCGUUGGUAUCAUCUUGGCUAUUGCGAGUGGUGUACUUAUUGGGUCGAGUUUUGUGUUUAAGAAGAAGGGUCUACUGCGCUCGCAGGCGGGCGGAGUGGCCGGGGAGGGUGUUGCAUAUCUCAAAUCACCAUUGUGGUGGACAGGGAUGAUCAUGAUGAUUUUGGGAGAGCUGUGUAAUUUUGCUGCGUAUGCGUUUGUUGAAGCUAUCGUCGUCACACCACUGGGAGCGCUAUCUGUUGUCGUCUGUGCUAUCUUAUCCUCGUUCUUCCUCAAGGAGAAGCUGUCAUUCUUCGGUUGGUUAGGGUGUGGAUUGUGUAUUAUCGGCUCUAUCAUUAUUGCACUCAACGGACCGUCCGAGCCCUCCGUGGGCGAGAUAAGGGAAUUCGAGAAACUGUUCAUAUCGCCCGGAUUCUUAGCAUACACAGGGACGCUGAUUGCGAUAUCACUCGCAAUUAUCUUUUAUUUCGCUCCGAGAUAUGGGAAAAAAUCUAUGUUAUGGUAUAUCAUGGUUUGCAGUAUGAUUGGGGGUAUUAGCGUUAGUGUUACGACUGGGCUGGGAGCAGCCAUUGUUAGGACAGCACAAGGCGACAGUCAGUUUAAAUAUUGGUUCAUUUAUUUCUUAAUGGUUUUCGUGGCUGUAACAUUAAUCACCGAAGUUUACUAUCUCAACGUGGCCUUGGCCCUAUUCAAUACUGCCAUGGUCACUCCAACAUACUACGUUAUCUUCACAUUCUUUUCUAUGGUUACGACUAUCGUACUGUUCAAGGGACUCAAGGCGACGAUAGCGCAGAUCCUGACUGUCGUACUAGGAUUCUUGGUCAUCUGUUGCGGAAUUACGAUUCUGCAGAUGUCGAAGAUUGACCCAGAGGAACUUGGAAACAGACUUGAUCGUCGCUCGACUUUGCUUUUGCAGGCAGCCCGAAGCAACACUGGCAAGAUGGACGAGAAGGACCUUUCUGCGCUUGAAGAUCCAGGUAUCGACUCCAUUCGGGGUUCGUUUGGUCCUUUGGGUAGCAUGAUCCGAGCUCGAAGUGUUCGACGCAUGAGUAUGUCGAGUCAUACCGCUGACUCAAUUCGCUCUCGUCGAACCACUGGACUGGAGCCGCACUUUGAGGGUUUGCAACGACAUCAGUUGUAUGAUGCUCCGGUUCCAUCAUUCAACUCUGAUCGUUCUCUACAUACACAUGCUAGCCACGCGCCGCCGCGAACGCCAACAAUCAAAUUUGAUACGGAAGAUGUUGUGCAUAAAUAUCCAACAAAGGGGCUAGGAGCGGACCUGGCGACGCAUGAGCGAAGGGAGACGGCCUUCCGGUCUUCUUCUCCGGGUCAUAUAUCAAUGACUUCAAUGGACCCGAUCAGGGAAGAGUCAUCGGAAGGUCUUGCAGUACAACAACCUAGACCUCAACAUCCGAUCCCGGGGUUACCACCAAUAGAUUCAUUUGAUAGCACUGCGCCGUUGCGGACAGCACCGGCAACGAUGUUUGCGAGUCAGAAGGGCCUACCUCGACAAGAUCCAUUCGAAACCUCACCGGCGACAUCGACUGGGGCAGCCUUCCCUGCAAGCGGGAGCUCGUCUUCGCCAUUACCGAUGGCGGCGAGAUUUUCGCCUACGAGUGAUGAAGAAGGGUACAUUGCGCGGCGACUUGGACAUGGAGGGAGGGGACAUAAGAGGACGUCGAGUGAUCGGAAGUAUCCGAAGGGCGUGGAUGAUAAGGAGGAGAGUGUCAGUCUUGUGAGGAGUCCGUCGCCUGAGGAUAGUUCUGUACCCUCCGAUGAGGAUGAUGUGCAGAUGCGAAGUGGGGGAAUACGCCUUGUGGGGAGUUCGUCUGGGCGGUUUUGAGUCUUGUUGGGUAUACGGGCUUCUAAUUUUUUUUUCUUUUGCGUGAUUAAACGGGAACUCUUUCACUUUGAAGGAAGGACUAUAUUUCUAUUUCUAUCCCUAUCUCUACCCCAUUUUUUCUACCCUACCCCAUCUCGUGUCAUCUCACAAUCACACGCAGAGACGAUAUAUUCUGUUCUUCUAAACGCGUUCAUUCAUUAUUAUUAGUUUUUUUUUCCACUACCACCGAGUUCGUUCUU